AUGCAGGGAUAUUUUGCACUCAACCAACCUGUUCUUCCGUCCGGCUGGCAGAUGGCCUACACUGCGACUGGUCAACCAUAUUACAUGGAUCAUAAUACAAAGACCACACACUGGACGCUCCCGGAGACGGUCAGCUAUUCCUUUGGAGGCUACUACAACCCAGUAAUGGUAGCUGGUGCCGGCGGCGGCGGCGGUGGCCGCGGCGGGCGCGGUGGUCGUGGCCGCGGUGGUCGUGGUGGCAUCGAUCAAGGGAAACGUAAAACGAAGAUGUGCAUCUAUUGGGAAAAAAAUGGUGAAUGCAACUGGGGCGAUCGUUGCGCUUUUGCACAUGGUCAAGGCGAGCUUCGUGCGACGGCAAACUCCGGGACCUCACAGCCUCAACAGCCAUCGCAAGAGGGAGAAACGCCGGCGUCAUAA